AUGUUGCGACCAUUUCGAGCUGUCCCAGCUCGAUACCGUUUCCCGGCCACAUCAGGAUCGCAUACGUUCCGGCAAAGGGUACUUUGGAGUUCUCCAAUAGGAAGAAGUCAAUUUUCUACCGUAAAAGAUACAAAACGUGGUCCAAGAUUUUCUGGCGACAAAUCAUGGACAAGAUCCAUGCUGGCGGCUGCAGGAGGAUCACUCAUCACCGGGCUUUUGAUUUUCAACCUUCGUGGGCAAGUGCCCAUCGUGGAUGCGGAGCACGAGCAGCAUCGAAAAAAUGAACAAAAGAAACCGAGAUACGUAUAUGCGUCAAAGGAAGAUUUGGGCAAGGCAAUUUUGGAAAUCCGAAAAGAACUUGGAGAAGAAGGAAUCAGCACCGAUGAUGAUGAUCUGAGACAACAUGGAUUUUCCGAGUGGUCCUCAAUCAACAUUGACCAGCUUCCUACAGCAGUUGCCUUCCCUAACAGCACCGAGCAGGUCGCCAAGAUUGCGAGAAUCUGCUCCAAGUACAAAGUUCCAAUGAUUCCUUAUUCCGGUGGAUCGAGCGUGGAAGGCCAUUUUUCGGCCGCUUUUGGUGGGAUUAGUGUUGAUUUUAUGAACAUGUGCGAUAUUGUGGAGUUUCACCCGGAAGACAUGGAUAUUGUUGUUCAACCCUCAGUGUCGUGGAUGGAUAUGAAUGAAAAAAUCAAAGAAAGCGGGCUGUUUUUCCCCAUUGACCCGGGCCCUCCUGUAAGAUCAUCUGGUUUCCUAUAUUCAUGUUUCUGGUCUGUCUUCUCAGCUAACAUCCAUGCAAGUGGCACAAACGCUGUGCGUUACGGUACCAUGAAGGAUUGGGUAAUUAAUAUGACCAUUGUUUUACCGGACGGACGUAUCCUUAAGACACGACAGAGACCCCGGAAGUCAUCAGCGGGCUAUAACCUGAAUGGCCUCUUCACCGGUGCCGAGGGGACUCUGGGUUUCGUGACAGAAGCAACCUUGAAGCUAGCACGAAUUCCAGAAGAGACUGGAGUUGCCGUCACAUCAUUUCCAACCAUGAGAGAUGCAGCGAACGCUGCUAUUCAGGUUGUGCGCGAGGGAAUCCCCGUCGGGGCCGUCGAACUUCUUGAUGACGUGCAGAUGGAUGUUAUCAAUCGAAUGGGCGAUACUGGGAGGGAAUGGAAAGCGAAACCCACUCUUUUUUUCAAGUUCAGUGGCACCAAGGUAGGCGUACAGGAUAACAUUGAUGGCGUGAGUCACAUUGUGCAUGCAAAUCAUGGGUCCGACUUGGAAGUCGAAAAGGAUACUUCAAAGCAAGAAGCGCUUUGGUUCGCUCGCAAGCAAGCACUGUGGAGUAUGCUCUGUCUCAGAAAGUCCGGCCAUGAGGUUUGGUCUACAGACGUCGCGGUUCCAUUAUCCAAAGUUUCGGAUCUUGUUGAGGUUUCAAAGAAAGACCUCGACAAGCUAGGGCUUUUCGGCAGUAUGCUCGGACAUAUCGGGGACGGUAACUUCCAUGAGACAAUUCUAUACGAUGGUAAAAAGGAAUAUAAGUCAGUUGCCAAGUGUGUUCACGAUAUGGUUCACCGAGCCAUCGAAAUGGAGGGGACCUGCACGGGCGAACAUGGCAUUGGCCUUGGAAAGAAGGAGUUUAUGGCGCAGGAAGUAGGCGAAGAAUCCCUUUCUGUGAUGAGGGCGAUAAAGCAGUCAUUGGACCCCUAUUGGUUGAUGAACCCUGGAAAGGUGUUUGAUCCUUAA